AUGACAGGAGUAUUCUGGAGAAUGUUAUUCUGGAGAAUACGGGGCGGUGGUGGGAAAUUGAAGAAAGUUUUGGGUUUGGGAUACUGGGUGCAAGGAUUCAGGUGUUUUACAUGGUUGGUUGUGAGUUUCUACCUCAAAGAUGGUCUUAAUGUGGACCCUUCCACUCUUCAAAUUCUCCAGAAUUCUGCUAAUCUUCCCAUGGUUGGGAAGCCCCUCUAUGGCCUCGUUUCAGACUCUGUCUACAUCUCUGGCCAGCACCGAGUUCCCUACAUCGCCUUUGGAGGUAAAGUUGUCUUCACUCUUUUCAUUUCUCUAUACCCUUUUGCCUUCUCUCUCUGUUCCUUUAAUCAGGUUCUGUUUUUCUUCAAGAUUCUCCCAUUCAGUGUUUAAUAUCUAAUAGCACAGAUGUGUCCACCAGGAUGUGAGGGGUCUAUAAUGGCCUUUCUUAUGUCUUCCGUAGCACUGGCAUUCAUUGUGAGUGUUGCACUUGCAUCGUAUAUUAAGAUAACUGGAAGUGACUUUUCAGGCUUUCCACAUGCACUUCUGAUACAAGCUGCAUGCACUUUGGUGCCAACUUUUUGGUCAUCGUGCAUACCUGAUAAGGUAGAAUCAAAAGCCAAGCGAAAAGACUCAUAAAGUUAGUAUCUUUCAGGG